AUGAUGGCUGUGAUGGCAGGCACGAGUCUGCCGUGGCACAUGGCUUUCUCGCUGAUGGCUGAAAUGGAGGCACAAAAGAUUGUUUGCAAUCUGAUCAUCUACAAUGCCUUGAUCAAUGUGGUUGGCAAGGCCGAGCAGUGGCAACUUGCUGUGGUCACAGCUACACUUCAAGACUUGACUUCGCGACAGAGCCUGAGUCUCCUGAGCAUUGCAUACGGUGGUGAAUCUGGUGCAGAAAAAUAUGUUGCCCGACACAGAAGCGCCGCCAUGCGGACGAAAGAGUGCUGCUGGCUGCGGAUUGCCCCGCGCCAGCGGUUGGUUGCGGGUCAGCCCCGCACCAACAAGUGGCUGCGGGCUAGCCCCGCGCCACAGCCAGUUGCGGGCAGACCCGCGCUGGCAAGACGGCUCCUAAGAAGAAGCCGAACAAGCGUGGGAAGCACUCGGCAGAGCGCACUGAGGCCCGGCAACAAAGGGGCCAAGAAAGAAGGAGGCUCGCCCAACAGGUCAGUUACAAGGGCCGGGACAGGUGCCAAACUCAGGAGUGAGGAGUGCUCGAGUUGUGACGAGCGUACCAAAAGGAACAGACCAGAAGCUGCAAAGUUUGCCAACAAAAGGCUCAAGAGGUUGACCUUUGUCCCUGUCAAGCCUGAGUUGACACCGCUAUUGCAGAAGUACCACGUUCCAAAGACCAAGAAAGCUAAGAAGAAGGUGAUUGAAGAGGACGACGAGCCGGACACCACCAACCCUGAAGUGAUGGCAGCCAUCAGACCUGCCAAGAAAGCUGUUCCAGCGGAAGCGUUGGAGGAAGAGGCGCGAGAACCGGGUGCAGUUGGGGAAAUGGAAGUAGAGGACCCCCAACAAGUUGAACCCCCUCUCCCUGAACUUGGGGAACCGCCUGCAGAACCAUCUGAACCAGCAAGGCCAGUAAGAGCCAAGAAAAUCCCAGAUACGGUCACCAAAGCCGAGUAUGACAAGCACAUGAUUACACACCUUCAUUUUAGAAAUUGGUGUGAGUUUUGUAUGGCUGGAAAAAUUCGUGAGGAUAGUCACCGUAGAAGAACUCCAGGAGACGACAAGGAAGUCCCCAGAGUUUCAAUGGACUAUUGCUUUUUGGGCAGAGUUCUUGACAACACCAAGUCUGAAGAGACAACGGUGGCUGAGUUGAAAGAGCCAACAGAAGAAGCAGAAGGAGUCAUGCCCGUUUUGGUAGUCACUGACGAAAGAACAGGCUGCGUUUUCAGCAGUGUUGUGCAAAAGGGAGUGAGUGAUCACGCCGCCAAUGUGGUAGUAGAAGCUUUGAAGUUUUGUGGUAGACAGAAAGCCAUCCUGCAAACAGAUGCCGAACACAGCAUCAAAGCACUUGCAGAGGCAUCAGCCGUGAAGUAUGGCAAAGAGGUGCAACACCAAACUGCGCCACGUGAAUCUCACGCGUCCAAUGGGGCCGCUGAAAGGGCGGUACUGGAGCUCUCGCGACAGGUGCGCACAAACGUGAACGCACUUGAAUCAGGGUACAAGGACUUCAAGCUGAAAGUUUCCAGUGUUUCAUACCCGUGGCUUGUACGCCAUUCAGCAUGGCAAUUGACCAGAUUCCUGGUGAAGUCAGAUGGGGAAACCCCAUAUGAACGACUCAAAGGUCGCGAAUACAAAGGUGAAGUUGUAGAGCCAUGUGAAACUGUGCACUACAAACUUGCGCAAGACGCCAAAGGCAAGCUGGACGCUCAGAGCGCCAUUGGCAUUUGGGUUGGAAAAUCCCUGCAAUCCGACGAACACUAUGUCGGAACAGCAGACGGCAUCCGUCGCUGCAGAAGUGCAUGGCGCAGGCCAGAAGGGCGACGAUGGGAGCUGAAAAGAUUCGAGGCUCUCAAGGGCGUUCCGUGGCAACCCAAAGGCGAGCCAACCUUGAUGCCAGGAGCCCCAGGCACACCAAGGAUUGCAGCGCCAGGAACACCAAGCGGACGCGCCCGAGGAGUGUACAUCACAGUGGAACGGCAGAUUCGCCAUGGAUCCACAGAAGGAUGCCCAGGCUGUCACAGCUCAGACGACAACCCAAAGCCACACAAUGCAACAUGCCGAGCAAGAUUCGAAAAGAUCAUCGCCGAAGAGCGAGCGAAGGCACAACAAGGCGAAGGAAGUGCCAGCGCGCAAGUUGAAGACUUGGAAGCGCCAGCGGCCGACAAUUCCUCGUCAUUGUAUCGCGACAAGCGAGAGGCAGCGGGAACCGCCGCGCCUCAGGGAGUUGCGGGAGACUCCGCACUCUCAAUCGCACCAAGGAUCGCGGGAAGACCCGCAUCCUCAGCUGAUCCUGCGGGAAGCACCGCAGCUUCAGCAAGUGCCAAAAGACCCACAGAAGGCACACAAGAAGCCCAAAAGAGGCUGAAGGCACCAGAUCCAAAGGGAAGCAAACGAGACCUUGAGGUCAGUGUCCAAGAGCUGCAAGACGCAGAAGACAUCUCAACAUUGCUGCUACAGCAAGACGAAAGCACGCAUGCAGAAGAGAAAGGCACUUUGCCUACACUCCAUGACGUGCCACUCGCAGCAAUUUUUGAGGAUUCCCUCCUCGCCGGAUACCCAGAGUGGGGAAAUGUGACACCAGCUUUUGACGAAAGAUCAGGCGAAGCGCUGCCUCUUGAAAAGAUGAUCGAGCACAACGUCAAAACUGACAUUACGUGGGAGGAGGCCAGACGACGUGGAUUGAAGAUAGUCCGCAGUCGCUGGAUCGACGGAUGGAAAACCAUCGACGGAGAUCCAAGAGGUGUGAGGAUGAUUUUGUCCUGUGCGGCAACCAAACGCAAAGGACAACAUCAGCACGACAAGCUGAUCGGACGUUACGACGUCAGUGUGGCAUUCUUCCAUGCCACAUCCACCGGCAAAAUCGCCGUGGUACCGCCGGAUGAUCUCAACGAUCAAAGACACCUAUGGUAUCUCAACAAGGCAAGGAAUGGAACUCGCGAAGCGAGUCGCCAAUGGUCCGAGUUUGUAGACGGAACUGUGACCAGGAAAGGCGGAUUCAGCAAUGUGCCAGGAGUCCCCGGAGUGUUUUAUCACAAGGAGUGGCAAGUCACAAUGAGUUGUCAUGGGGACGACUUUCUGGCCGAAGGCCGAGCGGAAGAUCUCGACAAAUUGGAUGAGUUCAUGCUGCAACAUUUUGAAAUCAAAGUGUUGCCGCGAAUCGGCAAUCCUGAGCACGGAGGUCAGUGCCUGGAAGGAGACCAUCUGCGCAGGGCAAUCAGGUGGACAAAAGAAGGGUUCACUUGGGAAGCAGAUCGCAAAUACGUCAAGCUUUUGACAAAAGAGCUUGGGCUAGAAGGAGCAAAAGGAGUUGACACUCCGAGCUCAAAACUGACAGGUGCUGGCUGCAGAACCAGCGAUAAGCCGCUAGACGCAGCGGAAGCCUCAAGAUUCAGACAUCUUGCAGGGACAGCUCUUUACUUGAGCUUGGAUACUGCGUCAACCCCCUGUUAG